UGGCAUUUUGAAGGCGCUUUGCGUGCCUUAUCCACUAUCCCGCGCGGUUCCCCACAUUUUACCACGCUCGAUGGAGUUUCGAUUUUUCUGGGAAUUUCGCAGAUAUGUUUUAUCCUGUUUAUGUUUGAUACACAGCCUAUCCCCCGUCUUCAUUUUGAAUACGUACUAUGCUUUAUUCUAUGGCUUGAUACUAUGCAGUAGAUUCCCGACGAUUUCCCGUCAAUUCGCCUGAUAUUUUUUUGUUUUAUCUAAAACCUGCAGUGUCCUGUGAAGAAAAACUUUUGGCUGUUUUACACCAUGAAUGCGACAUCACGGUACUUUCGCAAGUUGUUCUCGGGCUCGCGUGAGUUAAACUACGGUAACACGGUGCUGGUACAGCGUGAUAACGGCCAGUGGUGGCUAGGAUUCGUUCAGGACAUUGAUGGUCCUAACUUCUUCGUUGACUUCGAUGCCAGCAGCAUCAGUGCUCACUGGAUUCAUUCCAGCCGUCUCUGGUCGCACCACUUUUCUGGUGGCGUGUGUAUGGACUCCUCGGUGCAAAUAGCGCUGCGGCGCACCCAUGCAGAUCCAAUGGUUUUCUGGCCAGGGAUUGUUGUGGAACACCGUAUCGGUCCAUUCUUCUCUGUACGUUUGACUGGACACAUUCCAGACGGGAUGCGCGAUCGCCAUAUCGUGCACCGGAAUCAUUGCACUAAAAAGCUGCCGAUGCCGGAAAAUAAGAAACGUUUCUUUGGAAGUGCUGUGGGAUUCCUCUACAGAAAACUUCUCAUGCCGGAAGAUGAUAAAAGUUUCUUCGAACGAACAGCGGGAUUCGUAUACAGAAAACACGUCCUCCGCUUUCCCAAAGCGCAUGCGCUACCAGAUGUUGAUUUUAUCCCUCAUUUGUUGGCCCGUACUUGCCGAUGGGUGUUACCUCGUAGCAAUACUGUUUGUGAUGAGAACUGUCCCUUCGAUCGACACGUUUCGGUGGACGAGAUGCGGUACUAUUGCAAUUCUGAUCAUAAGACGCAGUAUACCAUCGGGGUCGGGUGCCGAAUGUUUGUGCGAGUGGGAUUGAACGAGAUCACUUUUAUCUGCGCCGAAAUGAAAGAUUAUGAAGACCCUUUUAGUAGAGGAAACACUUCAAUCUUCUGGGAUGAACAAUCACUGAGAUACGCUUGCGAUGGCUAUUUCACACUGACCAGAAUGCCAAAUCGUGUGGACACGACUGCACAGCAAGCGCUGGAGAAUGGUAUUGGCGAAAUUUCCAUCAGUGACCUUACGCAUCCGAUCAUAGCCGUUGUACUGUUUAAUCUGGAUGUGGAUUCGCAAUUUCGGACGAGUAGAGUCUGUGCGUUAUGGAGUUUGAUUUCUCGCGAAUCCAUAAACCACCGGCAUAUACUGUUCGAUUUGUGCACAAACUGCGACCGACAACCAGAAGACUUGCCAGAACGGCAUGCAAAUGACGUUGUGGAUACAAGCGUAAGAGGGGAAUACGAGGAGUAUCUCGCGUACAAACUGGUAGCCGCGCUAGACCGAGCAAUCUCGGCACAAACGCAGACGCUGGCGUUGAGAGAUGACGGGGAUCACUGCCACGAGUUCGAUCUCGCCUCAAGAAUGAAAACCACCGCAGCUGUGCUAGCCAGCAAAGGUGUCCGUCUGCGUAAAAUCAUGCUUAAAAAUGCUGCUCUGGGGUCGCGCUCCCACUUUCUGGAGGUCGAUCGUUUUUUUGACAGUUUUGACGAUGCCAAUAAACUGAUAGAAUGCGACGGGUUGUCGGAGGUGAUGGCGGUGUGUGAGCAGCUGGUGCUGGUCAACUGUACAUUCAGCCAUUUUAUCCGACGCACAGUGAUGAAGUUAGUGGGACGCGCUAUACCACGUUUGCCCGAUUCCGAGGUUGAACUAAUGCGCUGGAAUGAACCGGAUAUUGAUCCCAAUCCAAUUACCGUCCCGUGUCUACGCUUUCUCUCCGUAGAAACAGCCACCCAGUAUGCCGAUAUACGCAUCAUUCUAGCGGCGAUCAACGACCAUUGCCCCGUCGUCAGUCAGCGGGUGUUCGAAAAGGUCAAAGCCAUAUAUGCGCGCUGGGUAGAAACGGUACCCUAUGAAAACGAUCGAUGGGAUAGCAUCGACAUUUUCCUGUACUUGUUCAAUUAUCUUCGCCCCGGUGACGCGCCAAAGGACUGGGAUACAAUGGAUCUGCGCCAGCUGGACGUCGCUACGUGGACUCCUAUCACCUUCGCAGCUCUGGAUGAAUGCUACAAAGACCAGCUAGAGUAGGAUUUAGAAAAAAUAGAUUUCUGGAGUUUUUCACUGCAUUAGUUGUUGUAAUUCUGCCAUAUAUAGAUGCGGAUGUAUUUGAAAUAAAGGGUGAUCCGAAAAG